UGGUUCUCCUGUUGCCAAAGUGCAUAAAGCUAGAGCAUCAGAGGCUGUCUUAACAAACGUUGCAAGUGACUUGUCUGUGCAACAAGCAGGCUGUAUGAGAAUCUCUACAGGGUUAUUUGAAGGGACAUCUAUUACCAACAUGGUCAGACUUCAGAGACUAAUAGACAUCUGUGCCAUGACUUCUUUGCUUCUUGUGGCCAUGUUACUACUUGUUUUUUUCAAUGAUCCUCAAAACGUCUCAUACCUGGACCUCAACAACACCGACUAUCCAAGAGCUGCAUAUGCAGAACAAAAUCCAAAUGCCUCGCACAAAAUCUACUCGCUGUUAAAACAACGACUUAAAGGGAUAAAAGUUAAUCAAUCACAACGAUGUGAACCAAACACAACGAUUGCAAAUGUCUCAGGCUUCGACACUUUUUCUCCAAUGAUUCAGGACUUUCUCUACUAUCGUCACUGUCGCAGUUUCCCCUUAUUACUGGACCUUCCUGAAAAAUGCGGACGAGACGAUGAACCCGAGGACGUCUUUCUUUUGCUUGUUAUCAAAAGCUCCCCAAAAAAUUAUGAGCACAGGGAGGUUCUGCGCAAGACAUGGGCAAAAGAGAGAUUAUACAAAGGAAAGAUGAUUCGUCGAAUCUUUAUUAUAGGAACUGAUGGUUUGGGUUUUGAGAAGGAGAAAUUGAACAAACUUGUUGCACUGGAGCAUCAGCAUUACAAUGACAUUCUUCAGUGGGACUUUAAGGAUUCCUUUUAUAACCUCACUUUGAAGCAGAUACUCUUCCUUGAGUGGAUGGAGAGUCGUUGUUCGCAGGCUCGUUUCCUGCUAAAUGGUGACGAUGACGUAUUUGCCCAUACGGACAACAUGAUCGACUAUCUUCAACACCUUAAAGAUAAUGAUGGAAGCAAACAUCUUUUUAUUGGAGAUCUAUUAAAAAUAUCAUAUCCUAAAAGAGACCAAAGGAGCAAGUAUUAUGUUCCUCAUGUAGUAUAUGAAAAAAAUGUAUACCCACCCUACUGUGGAGGUGGGGGAUACCUUUUAUCAGGCUAUACAGCGUUGGUCAUUUACAAAAUGUCUGCAAAGGUCCAAUUUAUUCCUAUUGAUGAUGUUUACAUGGGAAUGUGUUUGGCUGCAGUGAAACUUGAGCCCAAGUCUCAUAUGGGUGUGAAAACACUAGGAUGGUACAUUCCCUCAAAAAAUUUUGAUAAAUAUGAUCCCUGCUACAUGAGGGAUUUACUUUUGAUUCACAAAUUUCCCCCCAAAGAUUUAUAUUUCUUGUGGCAUGAAGUACACAACCCAAGACUGCAAUGUGACAAACUGUAAAAGGAAGUGAAGCAAAAUUAAAAAUAACUGCUUGAACAUGACUCAAAAAAGGCUUACGGUAUUUAAAUCGUUAGCUCCCUGUGUAAUCCUGGUUAGUUAGUUAGUUAGUUAGUUAGUUAGUUAGUUAGUUAGUUAGUUAGUUAGUUAGUUAGUUAGUUAGUUAGUUAGUUAGUUAGUUGGGGAUUAUGGGACGCAUUUUCAGAUAAAGUUUGAAGAAGAAGAUAGCAUGGGAAAAUAUUAACCAAUGUUAUAAAAAAAGUUUAAUCCAUACUGGGGCUGCAACUAACAAUUAUUUUACAAAUAGAUUAGGUAUUAUAUUAGAUUAUUUUUCCAAUUAAUCGAUUAAUUGCUGCCCUAAGUGGGUUGCUCUGUCACCUAAAGGAGUAUUUUACAGCCUCUAUACUCCAGAAAAUGAUAAAUCGAUUACUAAAUUAGUUGACGAUCAUUUCAAUAAUCGGUUAGUCAUGAUUAAUCCGAGUAAUUGUUUCAGCCCUAAUCCAUACCCGCUGAUCUUUUUUUUCUUGUGAUGGUCCUGCUAUAGAAUUUUGUCUAAAUCUCCUUGAUCCAGUAUAACUCAUGCCCUGAUAUCAAAAGAAAUGUUACCUGCUAGUCUUCAUAGAAUUUUGUUUUUUAUAUUUGUUAAAAUGUACUGAGCUGAUUCUUGUAUAUUCAAUCUUUAUGUAAAAAUAAGUCUAUUUUGUUUCGUGUGUGUGCUUUUUAAUAAAGCUCUUAAUGUGUAGUGACACAGUUUAUUAACCUGAUCUCAGUGACACAGCACAUUCUCAAAUGCCAUGAAAUGCCUUUUUUUAAGUGGGUUUUCCAUAGCUUUCUGGUAAUUAAUGUAAAUUGUUAUUGGAGAAGCUGCAAAGUGCUAACUGUUACACAUGAGCACUGGAAACACAGGAGAAUUUAGGAAGGAAAGCUGUUAUAUGCUGAACUAAAAUAAAACUGAUUAUACCCAA